AUGGGAGAAAUGGGGUCGGUUUUUGCUGAUUAUUAUAGAGGAGGCUGUGUGAAGACCGGAGAGGAAGAAACGCAGAACUCUGAGGACUCGGCCUCGUUCAGGGGCAGCGGCGUGUGCAAGUGGUUCAACGUGCGCAUGGGCUUCGGCUUCCUGUCCAUGACGAGCAGAGAAGGGGCUCAGCUCGAGCAUCCUGUUGACGUCUUCGUGCAUCAGAGCAAGCUUCACAUGGACGGCUUCCGCAGCCUGAAGGAAGGAGAGCCGGUGGAGUUCAUCUUUAAGAAGUCUUCGAAAGGCCUGGAGUCUCUGCGGGUAACGGGUCCUGGAGGGGCGCCGUGUUCAGGCAGCGAGAAGAGACCCAAAGGCGCCCAGAAACGGCGCUCUAAAGGGGAUCGGUGUUAUAACUGCGGUGGCCCGGAUCAUCAUGCCAAAGAAUGCCAGCUUCCCCCUCAGCCCAAGAAGUGCCAUUUUUGCCAAAGCAUGUCUCACAUGGUAGCCAACUGUCCAAUCAAAGCACAGCAGGCAUCGCUGGGAUCUCAGGGAACCCCCGUCUCACUGUCAGGAGAGGAAAUCGCGCGCCACACAGCCUCUCCACCGGAUACCUCCGAGUGA